GUUUAAACUUCCUCCUGUAUGGACUUUGUGUUAAUUUCUAUUAUUUUAUUAUACGUGUAUUGGCUUUUCUUUGGCUAAGGGCCAGUCUGUUCAUAGUUACAUAAAAAAUGUCUAAUCGAGUUAUAGUCAUUACUGGAUGUGACAGUGGACUAGGAUGGGCAAUAGCUGCAAGAUUAGCUCGAGAAGGUCUGGUCACCGUGGCAGGAAUGUAUAACGGCACUAAUACUAAAGCAGCUCAAGCAUUGACCAAGUUAAAUGCACAUCCAUUUUCACUGGAUGUCACGAAUUCAAAAAGUGUUUCCAAAUUCAAAGAUUAUGUCAUGUCGCUGUUAGCAGAUAACCCUCACAACAAACUUCAUGCAAUUGUGAACAAUGCCGGUGUAAUGACUAUUGGUAACUAUGAAUGGCAAACACCAGAAAUUAUAGAAAAUACCAUAAACGUGAAUUUAAUGGGCGCCAUGAGGGUAGUAACGGCAUUCUUACCAGAUUUGAGGAAAAUAGCUUUGAAAAGCGAAACUAAACCUCGUAUAAUAAAUGUAGCAAGUCACUGUGGUUUGCAUCCACUCCCUGGAUUUGGAGUAUAUAGUGCGAGCAAGGCUGGUUUGCUAGCCUGGACGAGAUCUUUACGACUCGAACACCGAUCACAUGGUCUAAAAGCUGUUGCAUUUGUUCCAGGUGGCUUUAUUGGUUCAAGUAAUAUAAUGUUAAACCAGAGAUCUCAUGGUGAAGCAAUGUUUGAACAACUAAAUGAAGAACAAAAAGUGUUUUAUGGCACAAGAAUUAAAGCGUUAAGUAACUAUCUAGGAGCAGCAUCCAACAAUUCUGGUUUCGACACAUUAAGAGACCAAAAAAUUAUAGAAACGUUUAUGAAAGCCUUGACUGAGGAAAACCCGAAGAACUUAUAUGUUGUGGAAUCAUGGAGAUAUAUGUUUUAUUACAAUUUACUAAAAUUACCCCUUCCCGAAGAGAUUCAUCUAUGGUUAAUCAGACAAUUUCUAAAUUUUCCUGAAGAAUAUUAAAAAGUUGUUAUAGUAUAAUGUAUAUUUUAUUUUUUAAAACGUGAGAUUUAUAAAUACGUCCGCGUCGUCUAUGUGUAUAUUAUUUUUUUCAACUUGCAAAAAGCAUUAAAUAAAAAUGACAAAAUUACUAAUACUAUGUAAUAUUACAUUAUCUGUGCUAAUACUUACAACAAUAUUGGCAUAUAAGAUUAAGAAUGAAUUACAUUAUAAAAUUUUCGAUUAUCUCUUUGUAGCAGAAAAUUUUGUUUAUUGUGUAUCUAAGUCGAAAUGUAUGUAAGAGAAACACACGAUUGAUAUUCAUCAUAAAUUUAUUUACAUGUCAGCGUGCCAA